GGUCUUGUAGUUUCGUGAAUGAACACGACCCAUAAGCCACCACCUUCUCUCUUUUUCUCUCUAAAAAGCCCUCUCUCUCUCUCUCUAACCGCCUACAGAUAUGAACACCAGCCUCUUCAAAUGCAAUUUGUCUUCCAGCUUCUUCUCGUAUCCUAAGGUCGUUCUUCUUUGACAAAGAAAAAAAAACCUAUCGCAUAGUACCCUUCAUAAAGAACAAAACUUGAACUCCCUUGACAAAUAUCACCAGCUUGACAUUCAAAGAUUGUUUCUUUCUGAAUCUUUUUUGCUUAUAUACUCAGGAGGAUCUUGCAUUGGAGACAUAGUUGCUCCAUGGGAGAAGCUCCAGCUUUCAUUGUGGAUGAUCUGCAGAAUCAGAUUGGAUUUGAAAAUGGAUUUGGCUCAAAAUUCAAAGGCUGCAAAACCACCACAACUAUCGGCGAUAAAACUUAUGUCAUUGGUGGCAACGAUGAGUCAACAUUGCCUGUUGAAGUUCGAAUUUUUGACAAAGCUACUGGCAAUUGGGUAACUCCUAUCGUGCUGGGAUCAAAACCUAACUCAUGUAAAGGUCUCUCGGCCAUAUCAUUGAAUGAUGAUCGUAUUUUGAUAGUUAAUAAGGGGUCCGCCCCUGAUGACUGCAUUUUGUUUCUUGAGGUGGACACUUGGUUUGUCAGGGAGCAGAAAAAAAUUCGGGGGACUGAGGUUGUUGCCUGGAGUAAGGGGGUAUGGGGCGAUGCUGAGAAGCCAGUUGUCAUAAGUGGUCCUUCUGGAGUGGGUAAAGGAACAUUAAUAUCCAUGCUUAUGAAGGAAUUCCCAUCUAUGUUUGGGUUUUCUGUUAGCCACACAACCCGUGCACCAAGAGGCAUGGAGAAGGAUGGGGUUCAUUACCAUUUCACCGAGCAAAGUAUUAUGGAGAAAGAGAUAAAAGAUGGGAAAUUCGUUGAGUAUGCUUCUGUUCAUGGAAAUCUGUAUGGGACCAGUAUUGAAGCUGUUGAGGUGGUAACUGAUGCGGGGAAGAGGUGCAUUCUUGACAUCGAUGUUCAAGGAGCAAGAUCAGUGAGGGCUAGUUCUCUGGAAGCAAUCCUCAUCUUUAUUUGUCCCCCCUCAAUGGAGGAGCUUGAGACUCGCCUCCGCUCAAGACGUACUGAGACAGAGGAGCAGAUCCUUAAGCGACUCCAAAAUGCAGAGGUGGAGAUGGAGCAAGGAAAAUCAUCGGGCAUCUUUGAUCAUAUCUUGUAUAACGAUAAUCUGGAUGACUGUUAUGAGAGUCUUAAGAAACUUCUUGGGAUAGAUGGAGCUGCAGCAGCUACCCAGAUAUCAGCACCCCAAGGGAUUGAUCUGCCCGCAGACCGUUCAGUUUCGAAAAUGGAUAACAAGAUUAUCAUAAACUAUGGAACUCCAGAACUAGAGAAAGCAUCAAAGAGCUUGAUAGUACUGGAUGUAUCCUCACUCAAGGGAGGGGCUCCUGGACGAACAAGAGGGCUUGACGUGUAUGCCACUGACUCAUUUUCAGAUGACUUGAAUGGGAUCAAUCAACCAAGCUAACGACUCCAGCCUCAUAGAUUCUAACAUGCUUUCACGAACUUCAAAAUCUCCCAGCUGUCUCUGCUUUAUAUUCUUAAGAAAGGGAACGGUGACUAAGCUCGAAACAUGAUUUUUUGUAAUAAUCCCUUGUCUUGAUAUCAUCUCCAUUUUUUUUCAUUAUUUGCCUGUUUUAGAAAGGAGACGACUUGGAUUAAUGUUUGAACAGUUAGUCAAGUACUAUUCCCUCGCCGGCAAUGAGAUGAUUUAUGAUUUGUA